AUGUCCCACCCACGGAUAGAGGAGGUCUCGGACAGCGACCUCUCCGACCCCGAGGAGGCUGACAUUGAUGACUUUGACGAGGCCGACAUCAUGCGCCGCAUCCCGGAUCCCGUCGCUAUUGCCAAGGCCGUGUCCACUCCAACUCCCUCCGCCGCGUCCCACAUCCUCAACCCGGCCAGCAUGCCCCAGACGUCAACUCUCCCGCCCGCCGUCGACCGCACCGCCUACGCCGACUUCCAGUGCCUCUACCCCGUCUACUUUGACGCCGCACGCUCCCGCGCUGAGGGCCGCCGCGUGCCCGCCUCGCUCGCCGUCAAGGAUCCGCUCGCCCGCGAGAUCGCAAACGCCUGCUCGCGCCUGCGCCUGCCCACGCUCUUCGAGCCGGAAAAGGUGCACCCCAAGGACUGGGCCAACCCGGGCCGCGUCAAGGUCGGCCUGAAGAAGACGCCCGGCACACUGAUCAACAACAAGCAUCACCUGUACCGCCUCGUCGCCGAGCACCUGCGCGAGAACCCGACGACGGUCGACAGCCCCGGCCUGCGCGUCCGCAUGGGCGGCCAGCUGCAGCCCGACCCGUCCAAGCCCUACCCCAAGCCCGCCGUGCCCCGCGGCUGGAAGAUGGGCGAGCUGGUGCCCUACCUCAGCGCUGCCAUGACCGGCGGCGGCGUCUCCGAGAACCUCUUCAAGGACAUGAUGAAGGAGAUGCAGGGCGGCGCCGACCCCAUGGCCGCGCUCAUGGGCGCCCAGGCCGGCGGUGGUGCCGAGGAGACCAGCAGCGGAGGCGGCGGCGGCGGCAAGAAGAAGAAGGAGAAGAAGGGCAAGGCCCGGGCAUAG